AACGAGCGCGUUGUUUGUUUGCGACGUUUCCCCAAGAAUGUGAAGGUGGGGCGUUUUGCGAUAUUCAGGAAAUUGUCAUUUUUCUAUUUAUCUCAGAGUAGAGAUGUACAAAUGUAUUUAGUUUUUUUUCUUAGCGUGCUUACACUUCUAAGAACUCUUUGAAUGGUUCCCCAUUUAACAUAAUGAUGACGAGAAAACCCAACCAACCUCAACCCCCAAAGAGAAGAGGAAAGGUCCGUGCUAGUGCCAGUGGGCAAAUUGACUCACUGGACAACAAUACAAUGACUGACUCAGAGACAGUUCCUCAAUCACAAAAGAGGCACCUGACCAUGAUGCAGCAUGGCGACAACCUCCUCAAGUUUCUAAACGAGGACCGAACGAAGCAGAGGUUCUGUGACGUCUCCGUCAGUGUGGGCGGGAAGCACUACAGGGCCCACAAAGCCAUGUUGGCGCACGGUAGCAGCUACUUCCACGCCGAGCUGACCAAAAACCCAACCGCCGAUCACGUGAUUCUCGACCACGUGGAGGAUUCCGUGUUCCAACACUUACUGCGCCUCCUUUACACGGCCGAGUGCGUCAUUCCCGAGAGCGAGGUCCCUGCCCUGACUGAAGCGGCCGGCUUCCUGGACAUGAUGGAUGUAGUGAAGCUCCUGGCAGGAGAGGGGGAUGGCCGGCCAGCGCUUGCCCGAGUGGAGGUUAAGUCCAUGGGGGAACCAAGCUCAGAGAAGACCUCUAUAGCUUCUGACCUUCCAGCGGACUGUGUCGGGGUCCAAAGCCCAGUCCAUUCUGGUGCCCACCCUUGUUCGUUCUGCAGCCGCACGUUUUGCUACAAGAAGUCUCUGGAGAACCAUUUAAACAGGAACCACAGUAGCAACACCGAAGUAGACGCCAGAGAAAAGGUGGUCAAUCAAGAGGUUACUACCAUGGUAACCACGACCCGUAGGUCUGCCCGCAGGAGGAGAGUUCCCGCUAAAUUGGAGAGAGGUGACGCGGACAGCUCCGGCGCAACAGAGGGGACGCUACAUCAAGACCCCGCUAGUCGAGACCCAACCACCACAGAGGAAGACGACGAGGAAGAAGAAGAAGUUGGGAGAAAACCAAAGCACAUAUCCGACACAGGAGAUGCACUCACCCCAACCGAGGGUGAGGAGGCGGAAGAGGAGAGGGAGGAGGAGGAGAUGGUGGAGGAACGUCAAAGUGCGUUAGUACGGAGAGCAAGAGAGAGCAGUGAGAGUUCAGAGGUGGAGACAACAGAACACCACACAGUCAAUGAGGUGGAGGUAUAUAGUCAGGCUGCCAAUGGUUCUAACUAUGGAGCAGUGUACCCAGAGGGACUGGCUCCUGUCAUCAUCCAGAGCGUAAGCAAGAAGACGCUCAAGUGCCCCAAGUGUGACAAGACCUUUGACCGCACAGGGAAGUAUGAGAGUCACACCAGGGUACACACGGGAGAGAAGCCCUUCCAGUGUGACGUGUGUCUGCAGUGUUACUCCACCAAGUCGAACCUCACUGUACACAAGAAGAAGCACGCCAGUGACGCCCCCUUCCAGAAGAAGGACCACAAGUGCUCCUUCUGCAACAAGCUCCACGCCAGCAAAAAGACCCUCGCCAAACACGUCAGAAGGUUCCACCCGGAUCACAUUCAGGAGUUCCUGGCCAUGAGGAGGAAGAAGAACGAUGGAUGGAAGUGUGAUAUCUGCCACAAGUCUUUCACACGUAGACCCCAUCUGGAGGAGCACAUGAUUCUACACACGCAAGACCGACCCUUCAAGUGUGCCUUCUGCGACGACUACUUCAAGUCCCGGUUUGCCCGCUUGAAGCAUCAAGAAAAGUACCAUUUAGGUCCGUUCCCAUGUGACAUCUGUGGCCGCCAGUUCAACGACACGGGUAACAGGAAGAGGCACAUUGAAUGUACACACGGGGGCAAGAGAAAAUGGACCUGCUUAAUCUGUGGGAAGUCAGUGAGGGAGAGGACAACGUUGAGAGAACAUUUGCGGAUUCACAGCGGAGAGAAACCUCACCUCUGCAGUAUCUGUGGACAGAGUUUCCGCCACGGCAGCUCUUAUAGGCUUCAUCUUCGAGUCCACCACGACGACAAGCGCUACGAGUGUGACGAAUGCGGAAAGACGUUCAUACGCCACGACCAUCUGACCAAACACCAGAAAAUACACUCGGGGGAGAAAGCCCACCAGUGUGAGGAGUGUGGGAAGUGUUUCAGGCGCCAUGAUCACCUGACCGUCCAUUACAAAAGUGUCCACCUGGGAGAGAAGGUGUGGCAGAAGUAUAAAACAGCUGUGCAUCAGUGUGAGGUCUGUAAGAAGGAGUUCAAAGGGAAGUCCAGUCUGGAGAUGCACUUCAGAACACACUCAGGUGAAAAACCUUACCGAUGCCCCGUGUGCCAACAGACGUUCCGCAUUAAGAAGACCCUCACCAAGCACAUGGUGAUCCACUCGGAUGCCCGCCCCUUUAACUGCCCGCACUGCAGUGCCACCUUUAAGAGGAAAGACAAGCUGAAGUAUCAUAUGGACCAUGUACACGGUGCUAAGUCCACUGAGCAGCAGCAGCACCACCAGCAGCAGCACCGCCAGCAGCCUCCGGUGGUGCUGACAGAGGAUAAGAUGGUGACUCUGCCUUAUAAUACCCACGGCCCCUCCAAAGUGUACCGGGCUGAACCCAAGACCGUUCUCCAGAACGUCCCCUCCGAUGUGUGUGUGCCUGUCACGCUGGUGCCCAUCCAGAUGCCCAGGGUGGUCUCGGGGGUACAGGGUGACCUGAGGGGACACGUAACCUGCCCGCCCCAAGGUCAGGGGCAGCAGCAGACAGCUGGGGGGUACCAGACUGCCACAGAGCUGGCGUUCCUGGAGAAGUACACGCUUACCCCCCAGCCGGCCAACAUUGUUCACCCGGUGCAGCCUGACCAGAUGUUGGACCCCAGGGAUCAGUCGUACCUGGGCACCCUGCUGGGCCUGGACUCUGCCACCCCCGUCCAGAACAUCUCCAACUCGGACCACGUCGCCCAUUGAUAAUGCCUCUCUAUACUUCCCUUUUGGCAACAUUUUAUUUAAAGGGUACCGACAUAAGGACAUUAUAACACAUUUAUAACCCAUACAGUACACAUUUAUAACCCAUACGAAACUGUAUGAGCCCAUAGAGGUAACGUUUAUUUGAAGGGUGCGGUUGUUAACAUAAGCAUUCACAAAAUGCUCAUGCACUGCUUAUGCAUGGCUUAUGUAUAGUUUAUGAAUGGGUUAUGAAUCUGUUAUGAAUGGGUCAUGUAUAGUUUAUGAAUGGGUUAUGAAUCUGUUAUGAAUGGGUCAUGUAUAGUUUAUGAAUGGGUUAUGAAUCUGUUAUGAAUGGGUUAUGUAUAGUUUAUGAAUGGGUUAUGAAUCUGUUAUGAAUGGGUUAUGUAUAGUUUAUGAAUGGGUUAUGAAUCUGUUAUGAAUGGGUUAUGAAUCUGUUAUGAAUGGGUUAUGUAUAGUUUAUGAAUGGGUUAUGAAUCUGUUAUGAAUGGGUCAUGUAUAGUUUAUGAAUGGGUUAUGAAUCUGUUAUGAAUGGGUCAUGUAUAGUUUAUGAAUGGGUUAUGAAUCUGUUAUGAAUGGGUCAUGUAUAGUUUAUGAAUGGGUUAUGAAUCUGUUAUGAAUGGGUUAUGUAUGGGUUAUGAAGUUUUUAUGUAGCUAUACUUCAAAUAAAAUGCGAUCGUCCUGCUCUUUUAACCUCUGCAGCUUAUUCAGGGGCGAACGCUCUGAUAGAAACAGAUGGUGUCCAACAGGUCUAGUUGUCAGCCGCGUGGCACAGCGAAUCUCAUCGGCUCCAUUUGUGAUAUUUAUAUCUGCGAUCGUCCAAACGUUGCACCACCUUGAUUGAGCCCCAAGUCUUUCAUCAUAUUUUAGUUCAAAGAGCACUUUUUUUUUAAAGUUCCUCUUGUUCACACAAAAGCCUAAGAUCUUUGUCAUUCCAUAAAUGAGUGUGAGUGAGUGAUGUAUAUUGUGACAGGAGCCUGAUUGAUUACAAAAGGUAAUUCCAGAACAGGAUGUCUCAUUUCCAAAAAGCUGGCUGUAUGUCUGAAUCUUACAGGUGUAAUCUGGCUAUUUAUUCACAAUUUAAAUUGAAUUAUUAUACAAGUAUUAUACAACACAUUUACCCCAUGCAAAUCAAGUUCCAUAAUAUUCCACCUUCCUUACCAGUUACCACAGAAUUUUAGAGUAACAAUCAAUCAUGGUGUUGUCAGCCUGUUGCUCCGGGACGAAGUUUCCCCUGUACAGAUCUAGGAUCAGAUUCCCCUCCCUAAUAGUAACCAUAACCAAUUACACCAUCAGUGGGGGAAAUGCAAUGCGUCUAGGGGUGACUUCCCGACACUCAGCAGGCUCCUCAAAACUAGAAAGGGCUGUUUAAUCAGUGUAUCAGGAGGUCAACCACGUCUGAAUCAAUCUUAAAGUAUUCUGUAUAUUAUGUAUAUCAUGUUUCUUUCACAAUGGACAGGAG